AUGUAUUCCGUGUACCUGCCCGGUUGCGCUCUCUUGAUUUUGCUUUGCUGGAUCCUUCAUCUCGCCUACCCGCGACCAUACGCCGGGAUCCCCUUCAACAAGCAUGCGGCAAGGCGUCUCCUAGGAGACGUCCCCGACAUCGUCGACUUCAUCGACUCGGGCCAGGAUGCGGCAAACUUUGGCAUCACGCAAUGCCGCAAGCUGCAUUCGCCCAUUAUCCAGCUUUUCCUGCGGCCAUUCUCUCGACCCUUCGUCUUCUUGGAUGACGAUCGGGAGGUCGAGGAUAUCCUGGCCACGCGGACCAAGGAGUUCGAUCGAGCGCCUUCCACGGUGGGCGCCUUCAGGCCAUUCUUUCGGCACUCGAGCAUCCUGAAACAAACAACAUCCGCCUGGAGGGCACAGCGACGGCUAUGGGCAGAUACCAUGAGUGCCGACUUUCUUCGGCGGGUGGCGGCCCCAAAGAUGCACAAGUAUGCGCUGGAGCUGGCUGAGCUGCUCCGGACAAGGACUGCCAUUGCCGACGGCCGCCCGUUUUCCGUAGAGCAGGACUUUGAUCUUGCCACGUUUGACAUUAUCUGGGCGUCUGUGCUGGGCUCGAACCUGGAUGGGGUUUUGAACGAGCACACGGGCAUCAGAAACGGCCUCCAACACGUUGAGCAGCCCGCGUCCAAGGAUUCUCCCGCCGUCAUGCCGCGCGUGCCACGCGGCAGCAUGUUUCUUGCGGCCGAGUUCUUCAACAUGACCAUGGAACAGUCUCUCACGUCGCCCUUGCCGACGCUUCGUCACUGGAUCUGGCGCCAGUCGCCCGAGUACAAGAGACACUGGGCGGCCAAGGAGAAGAUUGUCAACGACCUGAUCAAGGACGCACGACACCGGUUCGCGCAUUUCGCGGAGGGGCAGCUUCCGGGCGACGACGACACAUGCGCAAUGGACCUGGUCCUCCGUCGCGAGUCGCUGGCCAUGCAAAAGUCGGCCACAUCGGGCGCGUUUGCUCGCCCGACAACGGCAGAGAUCCACGACGAGCUGUUCAUGCUCCUCAUUGCGGGCCACGAGACGACCGCGACGACAUUGACCUGGUCCGCCAAGUUCCUCACCAACAACCCCCAAGCGCAGCAUCAUCUCCGGGCCGCACUCCAACGAGCAUUUCCCGACGCGUCCCCCGCGAGUCCGCCGAGUGCGGAGCAAGUCAUGUCCGCAAGCAUUCCCCUCCUGGACGCCACGCUGGAAGAGUGCAUCAGGCUGGCAAACAUCACGCCUCGUCUGGUACGCGUUGCCACCGUCGACACCCAAGUCCUGGGAUACCACAUCCCCAAGGGGACUCAGAUCAUGUGCAGCCCGUACGUCGGCGAGGCCCCGUUCGACGUUCCAGAGUCGCUGCGAAGCGAAAAGUGCCAGGCGUCCAGGGGCAACGUCGACCACGACUGGGAGCCCAGCAUGGCGCAGUUUUGCCCAGAGAGGUGGUUGGACGAGGCUGGUCAUUUCAACCCCAAGGCCUUUAGACGACUGGCCUUUAGCACGGGCCCCAGAGCAUGUUUCGGUGAGACAGACGUCCAGGCUGCCCGUUCUUUACGCACAGCACCAGACUAA